AUGGCUGCAUCAUCGAAUAGGGCACGUGUGGUGUCGAUUCUUUUGGGAUUGGCAUUGGGGUACUCAUUGUUUCUUUUGAAUAGUCUCUCCUCAAAUCAAACCUCUAGGGCAAUCACAAACUUCUACAGGUUCAAUCCACACACGAGGGGGGCAAACCCUUAUGAAUACAAGACUACGUUGGAUAGACUGGCUCUUCAUUUCCCCUAUGAUCAGUCACCUCGUAGAAUUGAUAAAAACAUCUUUCAAAUGUGGAAAGUUCCAGCAACGGAUCCUGAUUUCCCGCAUCGUGAUUUAAUCAUGCAGUGGAAGAAUGAAAACCCUACUUAUAAGUAUAACCUAUACACCGAUGCAGAGAUCCAUGAUAUUCUAGUCCAGCAUUUUGCCAAUACAGUUCCCGAAGUUGUUGAGGCUUUUGAUUUGAUGCCUAACAAAAUCAUCCAGUCUGAUUUCUCGAGGUACCUCUUGAUCUUCUUGUUUGGCGGCGUCUAUUCGGACAUUGACACUAAACUGGAGAAACCCAUCGACACUUGGUUUGACUCGGACAGGAACGUUGGGUUUGUUGUUGCCAUUGAGGAAGAUAUGAAUGUCGAAAAUUGGGAACAUUACAUGACCAGAAGGGUCCAGUUUGAGCAAUGGACAUUUAAGGCAAAGGCAAGACAUCCUAUCUUACGUAAACUGAUUUCAAAGAUUGUCGAAACCACCUUCAGGGCAGCAAGAGAUGAUAAAUUACAGGCUUACUAUAAGGAUUUCCAAGGCGUUGAUAAAUGCAGUUCUGUUGAUAUCAUGGAAUGGACCGGUCCUGUUGUCUGGACCGACACCAUCUAUGGCCAUCUGAACUCCAUCGAAAACCCAACAAUUGUGGACAUUGACGCAAACAGGUAUGUCCAAGGAGAACUUUACGGUCCUGAAGAAGAGGCAAAGAAGUUGAUCUCAUGGAGAUUCUUUACUGGAUUAGAGGCCCCAGUCAUGAUCGAUGACGUUGUCAUCUAUCCUAAACUCUCCUUCAGAGAGGACCGUGCAAACAAUUGUGGUAAGUACUGCUAUGUCUUCCAUGAGUUUGGAGGCUCUUGGAAAAACAACGGUAAAGGUGAAGAGAAACCGCAAGAAGAUGAACAACAGCAACAAGAGUCUCAUGAAGAUAAUAAUGAGGAACACGCCGAGAGAAGGAAAGUCAAGAGAGACGAAGGCUGCUCCUACCCUUACUCCCCCCUAUAA